AGAGCGCGAGAGCCUGUGCGCGCGGCACUCACAAGCAGCCCGGCGCGUGCCACAAGCGUUUUAACGGCUUUUUAACCCGGGGGAGAAAAAAAAAACCCGCGGAGUCGCUACUCGGCCACUGCUGACAGAACCGAGCGGAACCGAGAAAAACGCGGAUGAAUGAGACACAGGUGAUGGCUUAUCAAAAGUGAUGCAAGCAGCAGUUCCAUCCAUCACUAUGUGAUAUACAAUCAGAAUGAUGACAACACCUCUGGAUGAACUGAGACUUCUACUCCAAACAUCAACUGCAAGUUCUUUUGGUUUUGGGAGUGGUGACAAACAGUGACUACUUUGACUGGUUAUGACUGGAAUCUUUUUUCUGGAUGGAGUUAUCCUUGUCUCUGUGCCUAUAUUUUACAAGAAUCCCACCAGAAAUAGCUGUGAUGGUCAUCGCUCACUGAAGUGACAGGAAAUCCAAUAAGACUGAAGAUUUUACCACAAUUUGUCAUUACUGAGUAGUGUGACACACACACACACACACACACACACAAAAAAAAACAACUACUAAAGAAAAAAGGACCACAGAAUUAAUUUGAGAAGGUCUAUACCGUGGUUGCAGGGAAGUUUUACUCCAGUUCCAACCAAAAAGGCUUCCACUGGAGUUGUGAAGUUUGCAGGAUACUGAAAGACCAUGGCAACUGAAAGCGUGAUUGAGCUCAGGGACUGGCUGUUCCUGCUUCUACUUUGCCUGACUUUAUUGGUGGAAGUGCUGGAAUUUGCAGCAGCAACAGCUGCUAUAACCGAGGCGGCACUUGGGGAGGCAGAGCUUCAAGGUGAUGUUCCAUGUCCAUCGGCAUGCAGAUGUGAUGAUGGCUUUAUUUACUGCAAUGACCGGGGACUUAGCAUCAUACCAUCUUUACCGUUAACAGCAGCUGUGCUCUAUUUACAAAAUAAUCGCAUUGAUAAUGCUGGCUUACCAACCUCCUUAGAACGGCGAAUGACUGUUCAAGUAGUUUAUCUAUAUGACAAUGAACUUGAUGACUUUCCAACACAUCUGCCUCCAUCAUUACGUGAGCUUCACCUUCAGGACAACAAUAUACGAACUUUACCCCGUGCAGCUCUAGCACGUUUACCCUUGCUGGAGAAGCUUCACAUGGAUGAUAAUUCAAUUUCAACUGUAAGCAUUGAAGACAAAGCAUUUGCAAAUAAUCCACGACUACGACUUCUUUUCUUGUCACGCAACCACCUUUCAAGUAUACCGUCAGGGUUGCCAUCAUCACUAGAGGAGCUCCGAUUGGAUGACAAUCGAAUUUCUACAAUUCCAACACAUGCAUUCAGGGGACUUACCUCACUAAGACGUCUUUUCCUCGAUGGGAACUUGUUGGCAAAUCAACGUAUAGCUGAUGACACAUUUUCACGACUGGCAAAUUUAACAGAACUCUCUUUGGUACGCAACUCUCUCCAGUCACCACCUUUAAACCUUCCUAGCGUACACCUUCUUCGUCUAUACCUACAAGAAAAUGCUAUGACUCACAUGCCGAGAGGUUCCCUGGAUGGUAUGCACAGGCUUCAGAAGCUUGAUUUGUCAGGCAACAACCUUACAACCCUUCCUAGGGGUUUGUUUAAAGAUUUGGACAGCAUCUCUCAGCUACUUCUUCGUGGCAAUCCCUGGUAUUGUGGCUGCAACCUACGCUGGCUCCAUGACUGGUUGCAUGUUCGAGGUUCAUCAGUAACAGUGAGAGGCCUAACAUGCCAUGGACCAGAAAAAGUCAGGGGCAAAUCACUUAGGGACCUUACAAGUCAAAUGGAGCAAUGUGAGGCAGCUGUAGAUGGACCUGGAGGAGUUGGAGGAGUUGUAGUAGCAGGGGGAGGUGAUGUACCUAAAAGAGACAAAGGGAAUUCUCCAACUGAAACCCCAACCACAACAACCCUCACACUUCCCCAGGGUUCUCUCUUUACGCUUAGGUCCAGACGACCUGUACACAGAUACCCUGAUUUGAGACAGGACAAUUCUGCAGAAGGUGAAGGUGAAGAUGUUGGCAAAACAUUGUUGAUCAGUGUAAAGCCUUUAACUCCAGAGACAGCUCAUAUUACGUGGCAAGCUGCUCAACCAGCAUCAGCUUUCAGGUUGUCCUGGUUAAGACUAAGCAGUAACCCAGCCAUGGGAUCUAUUACAGAGACACUUGUCCCUGGGGACCGCAGAGAGUAUUUACUUACUCAGUUACAUCCACGGUCCAGCUAUAUUAUCUGUGUGGUGCCUCUUGUUGUCAGUAAAGGAAGGAGGACAACGUUUACAGGAACAGGGGGGUUAAAUGUGAACACUGACUCAGAGCAUGAACACCCUGCUUGUGCCAGAACAGAGACAGCAGAUCUUCAGCUUCAGCCUAGUGCUGACCAAGGUCAGGGUGAUCAAGGAACAGAUGAAUUAACUGUCUUACCCCUUGCAGGAAUUAUUGGAGGGGUAACUGCAUGUGUUUCCUUGUUCUUAAUUUUUGGGAUUUUCUGCUGGUAUGGACAUCGGGCAGGAUAUCUUACAGCUGAUGAUCAUACGGUCUAUGCGCGUGAUGUUGUCGGACCCCGUAGUGCUGUCAAGCAUUAUGAUGACUAUGUAGAAUCUGGCACCAUUAAGGACACUUCGAUCUUAGAGAUCGGAACACCUGGUUUCCAGAUGACGCCAUUGGCAGCCCAACAACCUCUGCAGCCAAAGGCGAAAGUUGAGGACAUGACAUUCAUUCAUACCAUCUUUCCCUCAAAUAAUACAACCCUUUACAGGAGCACUCUAAACCACACAGCAAAUCCGAGCUAUGGAACCAACCGUGGAUACAGAGAAGGUGGAAUACCAGAUGUAGAUUAUGCUUACACGUGAUAGUCUCUUUAUUAUCCCUUAUCUUUACUGACCAUUAUCUUUAAGACCAAGUAGCUAAGUAGGGCUUUGUUCAUUGUCUUAGGUUCCAAAGUAGGGGUGUGCCAGCUGUGAAGUAGUCUAUAUAUCAUCUAUAACCAUAAUAAUCUCAUAACUUUAAAAAAGCUUGUUUUAAAAUUUGAAAAUUAAACAGUUAAUUCAACAGAACCAUAAACAUUUUGUAGAAACAACCCUCGGAUUCCGAAUUGUCUAAAAAUCUAGUGAAAAAACAAAUUGUGUCCCAAACCACUCAAGGGAGAUGCAAAGUUUUCUAUGAAACAAAAUGACUAAAUGUCCUCAUUUUCAUACACAGUCAUUAAGCAGGUUUUCACAUGGCACACCCCUAGUCCAAUGUACCCUUUGUGCCUCCUUCGGUCUGUUUCCAGUCUGUAAACCGUUACAAUUUGGGACAAUGAUUCCCUGGGUAAAAAAAUCUAGAACAACAUAUAAGUGCCAGUGAUACCAGUCUUGGUAUUGAUAUUUAACAUUGAAGGUUUGGGGAACUUUUAUAUUUUUUUUUCAUACUUGUUUAUUACUUUGAUCUAUGUCAUGUUAAAGGGACAUAAAAGUAGCAUGAAGUUAAUGUUAUGUCGAGGAACCAGGUGUGUAUAGUUCUAACUUUACUACCUGUACUGUGUAUGAGCAAUUGAAAAUGGGUGCCUUUCAUUUGUCGUCAACACCAACAUGAUGGAAACAAAAACAUUUUUUGUUUGUAAUUCAGAUUAUAGGUUUCCACUAUUCCCAUUACCUCUGUCGCCCUUUUGAUUUUUUCGUAUUUCUCUUGUAUUUUUUUUUUCCAUUCUGUGCAAUGACUUUGUUCCCAACCUAGAAAGCUGACAGGGGUGAUAACGGUUUAAAACGUGUUAGACUUUUUAUUUUUAGUGAGAAAAUUCUAAAGGGGGGAGGGGGGUGCCAGGAAAGCAGCAAAACAACAGGUUAUGGUUUCAGGUUUACUAAGAAAUUAGAAUUAAAAAUACAGUCACUUGCUAAAUAUUUAUUCCAUAUUAAAAACAAUAGCUAAAAUGAAGAUAUUUGAGGUUUUCAUAUGAGGAGGAGCCUAAUCAAAGACAAUCAUGCGAGUAAGACAUCUUUCUCAAACUGACAGGCUGACACAGAUAAAGCAGUCAAUUUAGUACUAACUUAAUCCAAGCUAAUUUGAAGGGGAUAUCGAUACAGGACCAUUGUCUGGAGGAUAACAUGAGCACUUAAUCCAAUAAAGGCCAUGAAAAGUGGUCAGUGGACAUUUCCAUGAGUCUAACAAUGUCACCAUGAAGAACCACUAGUAAUAUCCAUCCAUGCCCUUACGGUACUGACAACAGAAAUCAGGGACAAAUAUAAAUAUAAAGGUUACAACACUGUGGACCUCUGCAACUUUUGUAUAAGUAAUGGGGUAAAACACAGGCUUUCUUUUUAAAUGGCUAAGGAGAAUCCUUUAUCCAAGUCAUUAGUAGAAUCUGGGAACAUUGCUUGUAAAGCUGGAGUGUUAGGAAUGUCAGCAGAAUAGUAUAUAGUCCCUUUAAUUUUCUUGCCUUUUAUGAUGCAUUUUGAAAGUGAAAUAUCUGAACAAAUAGCAAAUCUGUCACAUUUUCUCUGCAGUAAAUAAUAAACAGCUUG